UGCAAUAUGGCGCGUUUUCGCGUUCUCUCGAUAUUUCUGUUAAUCUCGGGGGCGGCCUGCUACGAAAUAGUUGACGCGACGCUAUCCAAGUAUUCGCCGAAUUGGGACAGUUUAGAUUCGCGCCCGCUGCCGUCUUGGUACGACGAAAGCAAAGUGGGCAUAUUUAUACACUGGGGCGUAUUCUCCGUUCCCAGUUUCGGCUCCGAGUGGUUUUGGAUCGAUUGGAAGUCAGCGGGCAAAAACAACCGGUAUGCGGAGUACGUGGAGAAAAACUUCCCGCCGGGAUUCUCGUAUCAGGAGUUCGCGAGGGACUUCACCGCGGAAUUUUUCAACGCCACCGAGUGGGCACGGCUGUUCGCGAAGUCGGGGGCGAAGUACGUGGUGCUGACGAGCAAACACCACGAGGGUUUUACGCUGUGGCCGUCGAAAUACUCGUUCAGCUGGAACGCGAAAGACGUGGGGCCCCACCGGGACAUCGUGGGCGAACUGGGCGACGCUGUUCGCGCGGAAAACCUCGAAUUCGGGUUGUACCAUUCGCUUUACGAGUGGUACAACCCGAUGUACUUGUCGGACAAGGCGAGCGAGUUCGCCGAACGCACUUUCGUCGAGUACAAAAUGCUGCCGGAGAUGUACGAGCUGGUUAACAAGUACGAGCCUUCGGUGCUGUGGUCCGACGGUGACUGGGAAGCCCCCGACCUCUACUGGAACUCGACCGGGUUCCUCGCCUGGCUUUACAACGACAGCCCGGUUAAAGAUCGGGUCGUGGUCAACGAUAGGUGGGGUUCGGGAAUACCGUGCAAGCACGGUGGCUUUUUCACUUGCUCGGACCGCUACGACCCCGGGGUGCUGCAGGAUCGCAAGUGGGAGAACGCGAUGACCUUGGACAAGGAGUCUUGGGGUUUCCGCAGGAACGCCCGGUCCGCGGACUACAUGACCACUCGCGAGCUGUUGGCUACCUUAGCGUCGACGAUCAGCUGCGGGGGUAACAUACUGAUCAACGUGGGCCCCGCCAAGGACGGCACGAUAAGCCCCGUUUUCGAGGAGCGCCUCCUCGACCUCGGCCGUUGGCUCUCCGUCAACGGGGAGGCGGUGUACGGGAGUCGACCGUGGACGGCGCAAAACGACACAGUCGACUCCAACGUGUGGUACACGUGUCGCGACGGCGCCGUCUACGCCGUAGCCCUCUAUUGGCCGAAGGACAACGUGCUGACCUUAGGCUCGGUCGCGACGCUGUUCAGGACGUCCGAAACGCUCGUCUCGCUGCUGGGACGCGCGGGAAAACUCAAAUGGACGGUACGAGACGACCGGGUAAGCGUCUUGCUUCCCGACAAAGCGCAGGUAGAGACGGAGCACGCGUGGGUGUACAAAAUUACCAAUUUUAAGUGA